AUGUCUUUCAAGAUUGCCCUGCUUGCGCUUGCUGCUCAAGGCUCUUUGGCCGAAAUCGUUGCAUACUGGGGCAAUGGAGGUGAAACUCCAGCGGAUGGCAACCUGGCAGACUGGUGUGCGGACAAUGAGCACAUUGAUAUUCUGAACCUGGCAUUCAUCACCAACUUCGGCCACAAUCACUCCCCAAAUGGCGACCUCGGCUACUGCCACAUCAAUGAAGACGGCUCUAGCAACAAUUGCGAGCAACUGGAGCAAGACAUCGGGACAUGCCAGUCCAUGGGCAAGAAGGUCUUCCUGAGUCUACCUGGUAGUUACGGUGACUUCGGAUUAAACAGCAACCAGGACGCCGAAGGAGUGGCGUAUUCGCUGUGGAACCAAUACGGAGCGCCGAACGCCGUCCAGGAUUUGAGCAAGAGGCCUCUUGGCAAUGUUCGAAUCGACGGGUGGGACAUUGACAUCGAGUCCAACCCUUACAAUGAGGAUGGUAACGGCUACCUCGGACACAUGCUCAAUACGUUGCGCAAGUCCUUCGAGGCCGACACUGCCAACAAGUACUACAUCGGUGGAGCUCCCCAGUGCUACCUGAACCAAGAACGCAACAUGGACAUCAACAUGGGCAACUCUAUCAACCAGGCCCAGUAUGACUACCUCUGGAUUCAGUUCUACAACAACGACUGCGCCGCUGCUUACGCCAAUGAUGGCUCCGACCGCUUCAACCUCGACAAGUGGCCCGGCGUCAUCGCCAAUGGUGCGUCCAAGAAUGCCAAACUUCUCGUCGGCAUUCCCGGCAACCAGCAAGAGGCUCCCGAGUUCAUCCCUGUCGAUAGCCUUCCGAACGUGUAUGAAGCUUCAAAGGGCGUCCAAAACUUUGAUGGAUUCAUGGUGUAUGAAGUCGGCGACACCAAGUCUGUUGAUUCUGUCAACGGAUGUGAUUAUUUUGCUCAGCUAUACUCCGUCUACACAACGGGCCACACCUGUUAG